GGCGGAGCCUGAGACAUCACUCCACAUUCACACAGAUUGUUAGUACUGCCUGUACUGCAGUCCUCAGAGUAUUACUCAUAGUACUGCUGCCUCCACAGUACUGUAACCUCGUCCUCAUGGACUCUGCAGCCCCCCCUGGUCCUGGUCCUGGUCCUGGCCCUGGUCCCGGUCUCUCUCUGGUCUCGGUGCUGUCUCUUUUGGCAUGUAGCAUCCAGGUGUUAGCUGCUGUCCUAUUGGAGCGCAGGUUUGGGGGGUGGAGUUCUGUGGAGGACAGGUGGACGCUACUGUGGCUCUUCUAUGAUGUCAUCGUCCACCUGACGCUGGAGGGUCCGUUUGUCUACAUGUCUCUGGUGGGAACGGUGGAGACGUCUGAGGGUCCUCUGGCUGAACUCUGGAAGGAGUACGGUAAAGCUGACAGUCGCUGGUUAGUUUCUGAUCCAACAAUUGUUUCUUUGGAGCUUCUGACCGUCGUCCUCGACUCUCUGCUCGCUCUGCUGCUCAUACAUGCAGUACUACACGGCAAGUACUACAGACACUUCCUGCAGAUCAGUCUGAGCGUGUGCGAGCUGUACGGCGGCUGGAUGACCUUCUGUCCUGAUUGGCUGCUCGGCAGUCCUCACCUGAACACGUCCAGCUGGCUCUACCUGUGGGUCUACCUGGUCUUCUUUAAUGGAGUCUGGGUCCUGGUUCCGAUUCUGCUGCUGGUCCAGUCCUGGUCCUCUCUGAAGCGACUGCACGCACUCAGACCAGAUGACAUCACCACAAACAGGAAGAGGACGUAGAGACGCUGUUGACUCACCAGGAUGUUUUCAACUGAUUACACAAUAACAAUCAAUCAGAUCGUUUCUACAUUCAUCGGCAUACCAGCGAGGCCUUUGAUGGUGAUCACAUGAUGCCUGACGAUGAACACAUGAUGCCUGACGCCGUCCACAUGAACAUUGAAAGGGACAUUUCAGCUUGAUGAUAAAAUAACUGAAAAUAUUUCCAUAAAGUCUAAUUUGACUGAAUGAAGUCGGCCAUGACAGAAGAAGCUCUGCAGCUGUUCACUCUGACAGGAAAAUGUUUGGAUUUAAUUAAC